AUGAACAUACCAUCGUCCAUACCUUCGUGCACAAGGCAGGUAUUUCUGUUGCACCCUAUAUCUAUUAUUAUACAUAUCUAUCUAUCUAUCUUUCUAUCUAUCUAUCUAUCUAUCUAUCUAUCUAAAAAAAUAAUUUGCCUCCAGAAUGUCCUACAUAAAUUUUUUGGUAUUAUCUAUCUAUCUAUCUAUCUAUCUAUCUAUCUAUCUAUCUAUCUAUCUAUUUCGGUCAUUAACUCUUUUUUUCUCCCUUCAUUUUCAUCGUAUUGCCUCCUUUCUCUCCGCCAGCACCAUUUCCCUAAAACCAUUAAUUGCCCCCAAAAUGGCUUCUUUGCCUUGACCCACUGUCGACAGAAGCCAUUCCGUUCCUUUCUGCUUUACCCAUUGAUGUUGGUAUCUCGACUGCCCAACCCGUCCAUUCAUAUCUUUUUUCUUCUUAUUUCUUUUCUUCUUUCUUUCUUUCCUUCUUGCUUUUUGCUUUCUUUUUUUGUCUCGAAAGGUUGUUGUUGUUGUUGUUGUUGUUGUUCUUCUUCUUCUUCUUCUUCUUCUUCUUCUUCUUCUUCUUCUUCUUCUUCUUCUUCUUCUACCGAAAAUACUUCGCUUCGUGCUCAGCAAUUUUCAACUUUUCUUCUUCGUCCAAAUCUCGACAAUUUUCAGCCUCUCUUACUCGUUCAAAAAUCUACAAUUUUCAUUCUCCCUUCCUCAUCCAAAACUCUAGAAUUGUCAGUCUUCCUUCAUCGUCCAAAUCUCUACAGUUUUCACCCCGCCUCCCUUCAUUGUCCAAAUCUCGACAAUAUUCACCUUUCAAUCCUCUUCCAAAUGUCUACAAUUUUCACCCUCCGUUUCUCGUCCAAAACUCUACAAUUUUCACUUUCCCUUCCUCGUUCAAAUCUCUACAAGAUUCACCACUCCGUCAUCCUCCAAAUCUCUAAAAAUUAUCAGUCUUCCUUCCUCGUCCAAAUCUCUAAAAUUUUCUCCCGCCCUUCCUCGGCCAAAUCUCGACAAUAUUCACCUCCGUCCAUCGUCCAAAUCUCUACAAUUUUCACUCUCCUUCCUCGUCCAAAGCAAUUUUCGUCCAAAUCUCUACAAUUUUCUCCCGCCCUUCCUCGGCCAAAUCUCGACAAUAUUCACCCUCCGUCCCUCGUCCAAAUCUCUACAAUUUUCACUCUCCCUUCCACGUCCAAAUCUCUACAAGAUUCACCACUCCGUCAUCCUCCAAAUCUCUCAAAUCGACAAUAUUCACCUUUCCUUCCUCUUCAAAUGUACAAUUUUUCACUCUCCCUUCCUCGUCCAAAUCUCUACAAUUUUCACUUUCCCUUCCUCGUCCAAAUCUCUACAAUUUUCACUCUCCCUUCCUCGUCCAAAUAUCUACAAUUUUCACUCUCCCUUCCUCGUCCAAAUCUCUACAAUUUUCUCCCCGCCCUUCCUCGGCCAAAUCUCGACAAUAAAUCAAAUCUCUACAACAAUUUUCAGCCAAAUCUCCAAUUUUCACCCCGCCUCCCUUCAUUGUCCAAAUCUCAAUAUUCACCUUUCCUUCCUCUUCCAAAUGUCUACAAUUUUCACAAUACAAUUUUCCUUUCCUUCCUCGUCCAAAUCUCUACAAUUUUCCUCUUCCUCGUCCAAAUCUCUACAAUUUCCUCUCCUUUUCCAAAACUCCAAUUUUCCUUUCCUUCCUCGUCCAAAUCUCUACAACAAAACUUUUUUCGACUUUCCUUCCUCAAUUUUCAAAUCUCGUCCAAAACUUUCCCUUCCUCGUCCAAAUUCAAUUUUUCACUUUCCCUUUUCCAAAUCUCUACAAUUUUCCUUUCCUUCCUCGUCCAAAUCUCUACAAUUUUCCGCUCCUUCCUCGUCCAAAUCUACAAUUUUCACUCUCCUUCCUCGUCCAAAUCUCUACAAUUUCCUCUCUCCUUCCUCGUCCAAAACUCUACAAUUUUCACUUUCCUUCCUCGUCCAAAUCUCUACAAUUUUCUCCUUCCUCGUCCAAAUCUAUACAAUUUUCUUUUCCUUCCUCGUCCAAAUCUCUACAAUUUUCACUUUCCUUCCUCGACCAAAUCUCUACAAACUCUCCCUUCCUCGUCCAAAUCUCUACAUUUUUCACUUUCCCUUCCUCGUCCAAAUAUCAAAUCCUCGACAAAACUCUACAAUUUUUCUCCCUUCCUCGUCCAAAUAUCUACAAUUUUUCACUCUCCUUCCGUCCAAAUCUCUACAAUUUUCACUCUCCCUUCCUCGUCCAAAACUCUACAAACUCUCCUUUUCACCUCUCCUUCCUUCUCGUCCAAUUUCCUCUCCCUUCCUCGUCCAAAUCUCUACAAUUUUCUCCCUUCCUCGUCCAAAUCUCUACAAUUUUCUCUCCUUCCUCGUCCAAAACUUACAAUUUUUCUCCCUUCCUUCCAAAUAUCCAAAUAUCUACAAUUUCACUCUCCUUCCUCGUCCAAAAAAUUUCACUCUCCCUUCCUCGUCCAAAUAUCUACAAUUUCCUCUCCCUUCCUCGUCCAAAUCUCUACAAUUUUCCUCUCCCUUCCUCGUCAAAUAUCAAAUUUUCCUCUCCCUUCCUCGUCCAAAUCUCUACAAUUUUCUCUCUCCUUCCUCGUCCAAAACUCCCUCCCUCUCCCUCGUCCAAACUCUACAAUUUUCACUCUCCCUUCCUCGUCCAAAUCUCUUUUUCACUCUCCUUCCUCGUCCAAAACUCUACAAUUUCCUCUCCUUCCUCGUCCAAAUCUCUACAAUUUUCCUCUCCCUUCCUCGUCCAAAACAAUUUUUACUCUCCCUUCCUCGUCCAAAAUACAAUUUACUCUCCCUUCCUCGUUUAUUUUCCUCGUUUCGUGCUCAUUUACUCUUUUCGUCCAAAUAUCUACAAUUUCACCCUCUCCUUCCUCGCAUUUUCUUUCCUCGCUCACAAUUUUACCCUACAUUUUUUUAAUCACAAUUUCAGUCUCCCUUGGCAAAUCCUUCCUCGUCCAAAUCUCUACAAUUUUCAGUCUCCCUUCCUCGUCAAAACUCUACAAUUUUCACUCUCCCUUCCUCGUCCAAAACUCUACAAUUUUCACUCUCCUUCCUCGUCCAAAACUCUACAAUUUUCCUUUUCCUUCCUGUCCAAAUCUCUCUACAAUUUUUCUAUAUAGACACGAUCGCCUGAAAUGCUUACAAAAUAUUGAUUACCUGUCUGUCAACCUGCCCUUAUCUCCUCCUUUCCUUAUCACUGUAUCUCUCUUUCUUUCUCUCUCUCUCUCUCUCUCUCGCUCUCAUUAG